AUGGACAAGCUAAUCAGCCAAUUUAGUAUCCACAAUUCUCAAGUGUAUCCAAACGAUAAAUUUCCAUAUUUGGUAUUUAAUCCAACCAGAUUUCAUAAGAAUCAGUGUGCUGAUCAACAGAAUGGACAAGUAGGUCUUGGAUAUGUUUCUACAAUUGCUCAUUCCUUACCGAGCAAUUCAAUUCUUUCACAUGAAGGUUGUUUUCCAUUCCUUCCAUGUUUGGUAAAAAGUGAAUUGUUUUGUGUGAAUGCAAAAACAGGUCAAGUUUUGGUUUUCAAUAUGGAAAAUUAUACAUCAUCAGCUUCGACAUUGGAAGUUGUCCAUUCAUUCAAUUUGAAAGAGCAAAUUCUUUCACAAAAUCCAUCUGAAACAAUGUUUGGAAACAAUUUGGACGAAACUAGAGUGUUCGUUAGACAAAUUGAGUAUUCUUCAGUGGACAAUUCACUUGUUGUUUUACUGAAUGAUUUUUCCGAUCAAUCCACCAAACCAGCAACCAUUGUAAAAUUGGAUUUGAAAGGUCAAGUUUCUUGGAUUGGCCACGACGAGAAUUGUGUGAAUGGAAUUUGUAUUAAGGAAGAAUCUGGAAUCAUUUGUGGAGUCAAUCUGGAUGGAACUAUUUCAGAAUGCUAUCAUCCAAAUGGAAGUGAAAUUAAUGAUGCAAAGAAUUUCAUUUCUUUAGAGUCGAAACAAUUCUUAAAAUUUCACAAUUUUCAAUUGGCUCAUUAUAGAGAGAGAUUUCUCUUUCCAUCUUUGAAUGGUGGAAUGAAUCUUGGAAGUUCCAAUGAGUGUACCCAUAUUAAGAUGAUUGAUGAGAGCGGUGCAAAAUUGGAGAAUGGUACUCAUGCAAUUCUACAUGCUUUUUCAUUGAGGGAGGACGGAGAAUUAGUUUCCACAUUUGCACUUGAUAGAAAAAGAGGUCUGGUUUUCAGUUUAGUUAGUCCUGGACCAUUGUCUUCAAUUUGCAUUUCACAUUUGGGUUCUGGGUCUCAAUUGUUUUCAAUGGGUCCAUUAUUUGUGAGCUCGGCAAAUUGUAAAAUGGUUGUGAAUGAGAUUGAACAAGUACUUUAUAUUGUCUCUGUGUCGAUUGAGAGAAAUAGCUUGGAAAUACACACGUUCGAAUAUGGAAGAUUCAAUGCUACCUUGUUGGAAGAAACCAAACGAAUCAAUGCUGAAAUGUUCAAAUCACUUAAAUACCUCACUUCCAAUGAUCAAGCUUUUUUGAAGGAAAAAUCCGAAGCUCUUUCUUACAACUUGUCCACCUUAGUCAAUUCAAGAUUAGAAUCUCUUGAAAAUGCUCGUGUUUACAAAAAUGUCACCAAAAUUAAGGAAGAAAUCUUUGAAUAUGGAAGAUUAGUUACCAUUUCUCCCUCAGAUCUCAAAUCUAGUUAUGAACAAGAAAAAUUCAAAGCUGCCACACAAGAAAAGGAUAAGCAAAUGGCACAAGUUGUCCAAAGGGCAAAAAAAGAUGGCGUUGUCUUUUAG